GGCAUGCGCGGGGGCCGUGGCGCGCCGCUCGGCGAAAUCUCGCGAGAGUGAGCGCCGAGGCCGAGGCACCGGCUUCCUCUGUGUCGCCGCGGGCCCGGCGCCUGCCUUCGGCUUGGGCCGUACCCACGCGAGCUCCUCUCAGGCGCACGCCCGGGCUCCCGCAGGAUGGGGGACAAUACCAGCCCCAUCAGCGUGAUCCUGGUGAGCUCGGGCAGCAGGGGCAAUAAGCUGCUCUUCAGGUACCCCUUCCAGAGGAGCCAGGAGCACCCCGCGUCCCAGACAAAUAAACCACGUAGCAGAUACGCUGUCAACAACACUGGAGAACAUGUUGAUGACCAGGAUGGUGACUCCAGGUCUCCAAAACAGAUCCAUCUCCAAAGCGGGAAGCUCCGACCAUGAUUCUUUUUAAUGUGGUAUUUGCACUGAGGGCCAAUGCUGACCCAUCAGUGAUAAACUGUCUACACAACUUGUCCCGCCGAAUUGCUACUGUCCUGCAGCAUGAGGAGCGCCGCUGCCAGUACCUCACUCGAGAGGCCAAGCUGAUCCUAGCACUUCAGGAUGAGGUGUCUGCUGUGGCUGAUGCAAAUGAAGGUCCUCAGUCCCCAUUCCAGCACAUCCUACCCAAGUGCAAGCUGGCUCGGGACCUCAAAGAAGCUUAUGACAGCCUGUGCACAUCUGGUGUGGUACGGCUUCACAUUAACAGUUGGCUGGAAGUGAGUUUCUGUCUGCCCCACAAGAUCCACUAUGCAGCUUCAAGUCUGAUCCCUCCUGAGGCUAUUGAACGGAGCCUGAAAGCCAUCCGCCCGUACCAUGCCUUGCUACUUCUCAGUGAUGAGAAGUCUCUGCUGAGUGAGCUUCCCAUUGACUGCUCCCCGGCUCUGGUGCGGGUGAUCAAGACCACGUCUGCUGUGAAGAACCUGCAGCAGCUAGCCCAGGAUGCUGAUCUGGCCUUGCUGCAGGUCUUCCAGCUGGCAGCUCACCUGGUAUACUGGGGCAAGGCUGUCAUCAUCUACCCAUUGUGUGAGAACAACGUCUAUGUCCUGUCUCCCAAUGCCAGUGUGUGUCUGUACUCCCCACUAGCUGAACAGUUCUCCCGCCAGUUCCCGUCCCAUGACCUGCCAUCUGUCCUGGCCAAGUUUUCCUUGCCUGUUUCUUUAUCGGAGUUCAGGAGCCCUCUGGCUCCCCCUGCACAGGAGACCCAGCUCAUCCAGAUGGUGGUGUGGAUGCUGCAGCGCCGGCUCCUCAUCCAGCUGCAUACCUAUGUUUGCCUAAUGGCCUCACCCAGCGAAGAGGAGCCCCGACUGCGAGAGGAUGAUGUCCCCUUCACAGCCAGAGUUGGUGGCCGCAGCCUCAGUACACCCAAUGCUCUAAGCUUUGGCUCCCCAACCAGCAGUGACGACAUGACCCUUACCAGCCCCAGUAUGGACAACUCAAGUGCUGAGCUGCUCCCCAGUGGGGACUCGCCACUGAACAAGCGGAUGACAGAGAACCUGCUGGCCAGCCUCUCGGAGCAUGAGCGGGCUGCUAUCCUCAACGUGCCUGCAGCCCAAAACCCUGAGGACCUCCGCAUGUUUGCCAGGCUCCUUCACUACUUCCGUGGCCGCCACCAUCUGGAGGAGAUCAUGUACAAUGAGAACACACGGCGCUCCCAGCUGCUCAUGCUCUUUGACAAAUUCCGCAGCGUGCUGGUGGUGACCACCCAUGAGGACCCCGUUAUUGCCGUCUUCCAGGCACUGCUCACAUGAGCCCGGGCAACAUGCCUGUGUGGAUGGAAACAACCUCCCUUCUGCCGCAGAGUUCCUGACUGGCCUUAGGAUAGGCAGCUCCAGCCUGGUCAGUCACAGCUAUGGGGCAGCCAUUGUUGGGCUUUGUGUUUUUCUUGAGACCUCAUACUUGCUAUGUAGUUAAGGUUGACCUUGAACUCCUGACCCUCCUGCCUCUGUCCUCCAAGUGCUAUGGUCACAGAUGUGUGCCAUCAAUAUCACUUUUAAAAAAAUAUAUGUAUUUUUAUUUAUGGUUUUGUGUGUUGUGUGCCCUCAGAGGUCAGCAGAAAGCGUGCCUUGGAGGUAGAGUUACAGAGGUUGUGAGCCAUAGGGUGUGGGGCUGGGAAUAGAGCAGAAGAGCAGGAAGCACUGUUAGCCAUUGCUCUCUCUCCUACCCACCAGUCUCCCUCUUCAAUCUGGUCCUUAUGGCAGCUUAACCCUGCUGAGCUGGAGAAGGGCUUCCAGGGUGGGUCGGUUUUAUUUUAAAGAUGUAUUUAUUUAACAUAUGUGAGUACACUGUUGCUGUCUUCAGACACCAGAAGAAGGCAUUACAUGCCACUACGGAUGGUUGUGAGCCACCAUGUGGUUGGUGGGAAUUGAACUAGGGACCUCUGGUUAAGAGCAGUCAGUGCUCUUAACCACUGAGCCAUCUCUCCAGCCCCCAGGAUGUGUCUUCAGAGUCUAAGUCCUUUCUUUAUACACAUACAGGUUAUGUCCUUCUCAUCCCUUUCUGGCCGGCCCCUUGUGGAGCUGCCGUAGAGAGUGUCUAAACACGCUUGUUCAGUUCAUUCUGUUCCUAGGUGUAUACACCUGCACGUUGAUGUUCUUCCUCUCUGUUGCUAUACAUACUGGGUAACCCAGUUUCCUGACCCGGAUAAAGAAUUAACUGCAUGAACACAAAUUCUGGCUAGGACUUGGGGACAGUUCUCUACAAACAGGAUAUUUAUUUUACUUUUGAACAAUUAAAAACCCCUCAGGUCAGGCUGUUUGCUGAGGCUGACCUAUCUGUUCAGCCACUCUGUCUACCACACUGACCCAUGGGCUUCCCUGGACGUAGAAGCGCAGGGGCUUCUGUGUCCACUCCCCUGCAUGACCAAUACCUAUGCGGGCUGCUGCCACCACAGCUGAGCUACUGGACUCGAGAGGGGCAUGCUCCAGCCACACAGCGUCAUCUUGAGCCAGGUCUCGCUGGUCAAAGCUCUUAUCAAUGGCCAGGGCCUGGCACAGCUUGGAGGGACCACUACAGAGUUCACGGUCCUUGAGGGAACGGCUGACAGUGCUUUUCCGGAGGGAGUUACGAAGCUGCCGCAUGGUCUCCAGGCCCUCCAGAGGCUCGAGUGCUCUUAGCAAGACACAAGCCCCAGCCCCUGUGGGACAGACAGAAAACUUGAAGUAAACCUCGGCCUCCUGCCCAUGCACAUACCCAGUGUUGUAGAGGUAUUGAUGUCUUCCUGCAUGUAUAAACCACAUCCACUGUACCCACCCCUCUGUGUCCCCUUCUCUGUAGCAUUGUCUAGGCUGCUAAGCCUUCCCUGAGUACCUCGGGAAGCCUCUACCACGGGAGACUGACAAUGAGACUCCCACCACUGCCCUCAGAGCCAGAACUGUGAUCAACUAGCGUGGGCGAGUCUGGCAGCAACUUCCUCUUUCUGUAGUUUCCCCGAGUCUUUUUUUUUU